AUGCCCCUUGAAGACGGAGUCAUUGUCGUGCGCGCUGGUAACGACAUCCCCUCAGCCGAGGACCUGAGCGAGGGUUGGGAAGCUGCCAAUGUUACUUCAAACAUGAAUAUGAAUAGCGUACCAGUUGUGUCUUCCGCCACGUUGGCUACUGCCUCGAAGCGAAGGUCCCCAGAGGCCAACGAGGAUGCCCGCAGUCAUAAGAAGACUCGGCUCUUCAACUCCUUGGGAGACAUUGUUAGACUUCGUGUCGGGCCCGACGAAGCCCUUUUCAACGUUCACCUGGAUGUUCUACGAGAGGCCAGCCCCGUGCUAUCAGAUCGCGCUCUCCCGACCGGCGGACAGCGUUCUACCCAACCGGUCGAUAUCGUCAUGAGUGAUGAAUGUGCUGAUAGCAUACAAUCAAUGUGUUACUGGCUCUAUAAUGACCAAAUCUGCAUCUCGCAAAAGCUUGCUCGGGCUCGACAUUACGAUCCGCGCAAGACAUCAACCGGCUUGUUCGUCGAGCUAUAUAUCAUCGGUCAGAACUUCAAGAUGUCUGGACUACAGAACGACGCUAUCGAUGCCAUCCUCUCUUGCUGCCGCGCCAUGGAUCUCGUCCUGAUGUCUACGUACAUCUAUCAAAAGACCCAACCCAGAUGCAAACUCCGCAAGCUACUCGUCAAGCUUGUCAGUUACCGGUAUUCCGCAGAUGAGUUGCAGGAUGAUAUGCACAAGAUCUGCAACGACUUUCUGUUGGAUCUGGCGAUAGCUGCGUUUCGGGAUCGGGACAAGGGGGUCACGAGGUAUCAGGGCCAGGUACCGCCGCAGGAGAACUUCUGUGCGGAUUUUCACACGCACGAGGUUGGCGUCGGUAGAUGCAGAAAGAUGAAGGGCCAUGUGACUGUCACUGAGGAGCGACCAUAA